UGUGAAAGGCCGGGCCGAGUGUAGGAUGGCAGUCAGAGUGGCGUGUUACUGAGGAAGACUCGUAGUGAAUGUACACUACUCGGAACUGAGAGCACUCACUACGUACAGCUGUCAAAUCUGGUAAACCAUGACACUCGGGAUUAUACUUUGAAACCAUCUUUAGACCAUCCACUGGGCUACUGUUCGCUAGUGUUCUGUCCCGUUUAAGUGCGCGGUUUCAGCACGUGUGUCGUCGCAGUACACACCCGGAGUGGCCGUAUCGCACGGGCGUGCUGUGCACGAGUUAGCCCGCUACACUUGGAUGCUGUCUACAGUCUAUGCCGUAGUGACAGCUAGCUCUCUGAAGAAGUAGACCAAACAACGGUGAACAUUGUAGCAUAUGCGUGUUUUGGACGGGUAGGAACUGCAGCUAUAGGAAGCCCUGGCGGUUCCGCCUACAAGAGGCCAACCGUAGUUUCUCUUCCAUCACCUUUGCCGUACCUCCGCUUCUAUGUCCAGCUUUCCAGAGUGGGGGUUAUCACCCGGCGAGUGUAAACCAUUCAAAGUGGCCAUUUCCAAAAGGGCCAUGGUCACAUGUGCGGGCUGCGAACGGCCAAUUCUUGACCGUUUCUUGUUGAACGUCCUGGACCGGGCUUGGCAUGCCAAAUGCGUACAGUGUUGCGACUGCAAAUCCAGUCUGACAGAAAAGUGCUUCUCUCGGGAAGGCAAACUUUACUGCAGGACAGAUUUCUUCAGACGGUUCGGGACGAAAUGUGCUGGUUGUUCACAAGGUAUCUCCCCCAAUGACCUUGUCCGAAGGGCAAGGAAUAAAGUCUUCCAUCUGAAAUGUUUUACCUGUAUGGUUUGCCGAAAACAGCUGUCGACGGGCGAAGAACUCUACGUUUUAGACGAAAACAAAUUUAUCUGCAAAGAGGAUUACAUAAACAGUAAAUUCCAAGGGUCAGAUAUUGAGGAUGAUCCCGGAAUGGACAGUGGCAUAGAAAACCAGGGACCGUUAUCAGACAAGGAAUUCAGUAUGGACGGUGAUAACAGUAGAGACAGCAAAGACGGCAUCUUGCCUCAUAUUCCCAACAACAACAACACUUUAAUGACAAAUAAUAAUACAUUGACUCCACCAGGGGCGAUGUCCCCGACAUUGGGGCCUCUUUCAAUCAAAGAAGAACCCGGCCUAAACGGGGGACCUCCAAGUAACGGUAGUACGACCGGAAGUAUUGUUAAUGGAUGUGUUUCUGGGAGCACUGGAAAUGGAAAUUCAAAUGGUGCAACGUCUGCGAACAGUGCUUCAAGUACGGGCAGUAGUGGCAAUAGUACUGGCAACGGCAGCAACGCAAGCAGUGCAACCAGCAAUGGCAGCAAUGCGUCAGGAGAAAUGCAGCAGCAAUCUGGGGAAUUAAACAGCAGUGCAAAUAGUGGCGGUGGCACACCGGGUGCCAAAAGAAGGGGUCCGCGGACAACGAUUAAAGCCAAACAGCUGGAAACUUUGAAAGCAGCAUUUGCUGCCACGCCCAAGCCUACACGGCACAUACGGGAACAACUGGCACAAGAAACUGGGCUCAACAUGCGUGUAAUCCAGGUGUGGUUUCAGAAUCGCAGGUCGAAAGAACGAAGGAUGAAGCAGCUUAGUGCUCUUGGAGCAAGGCGUCAUUUCUUUAGGAACCCCCGGCGAAUGCGAGCGUUACGGGCAGGCAUGUCUCCACACGACUUAGACGAUAGUCCGGAAAUGAUGGCCGGUCCAGGUUUUGGAUACUUUUCAGACAAUGGUCAGGAGUUUUACCCGGGAUAUCAGGGAUACAAUGAGUUUUUCCCCGGUCAACCCGGGGAGCCUGGGGGUUUACCCUUUCUCCCUCCCACGUCUCAAGGCACCCCACCGCUCGGGAUGGACCCGGGAUUACACCCUGGAGUCGGACAUGACGGACAAUUUAUGCACGGAGAGUUACUUCCCCCUUCCUCUACUCCGGAACCAAUGCCGAUGCAGCAACCAGAUGGACCGUUCCGUUCGCUUCAGGGAUUUAACCCCGGACUUGCGCAUCACGGUGGACCGGAAAUGACAUCAGAAGUGUGGUGACAGACUUCCGCUAUGGCGGACACAAUUAAUGCUCAUGAACAAAUUCCACUUAUGAGAUAUCAAGUCCGUAGCUGAACCAACUUAGGUGUGCUUUCAUUGUGAUCUAGCUGGAGUGGAACCCUAUACAACGUACAGCUGUUCGAGUUCAAUGCCCAUGGAUGCCAUCGUUCCCACGGAAUUUUGUCUUUAUCAUCAUGGCGAUUCCUGAUGCAAAUGCUGAGAAACCAAUGGACAUUCUUCUUCAAAAGCAGAAAAUCCCUGUUAAGGAUGCAGGUGACUUCUACUGUUACCAAACGCUGUACUGUGUACUAGUUCGGGACUGUGGACUUAUACAUAGGUAUUGUCCAUGAAUGUUUUCUCUGUCUUGCUUUGAACUGCAGACUCACUCCUCAACUGAAUGGUAUGAGAAUUCCUGGUCUAGAUGAGGCAGAAGAUUGAAUUCUCUGUAUCAGAAUCAGUAUGAUAGCUAAGAGUUUCUAUUUAUACCUUCUCGUUAUUAUCAACACUGUCAUUUCACUUGUUUCUACACUACUCAGGGUAAACACUCCGCACGAAUCUUUCUGCAUGACUUUUCACCGGAAGAGGAAACGAGUUUAAGCCUUUUUUCCUGAUGUGCGUUGGAAAUUGAGUACGGCGUAAAGUACCAAUCAAAUAAAUAAAUCAAUAAGUCAUUAGAAAUUAAAAGUUUUCCAGCAUAUACAUAAAUAUUUCUCCUGGUCUGGAAAAUAAUUCUUUCCGCGCAUGUUAAAAUACAGCCGCAACUAGAUUCAUUUCGGCGGUGUAUGUUCAGAUGAGGUUAUUACCGAAAUAAAAACGUCAAUCCGUUACCGUCCUAGUUCAUUUUAGGAAAUAUCGAAACGGGGAAAGAAAAGCAAAACAGGGCAGCAUAUGAUCGCUUUAAAGUGUAAAGUAAUAGUCUUAGUGACCGCGAAAAAUAGUGUGACCUGAGAGAUCUUUUGUGAGAGAGGACGUGGUUGAACCGGCCGAGCACGAAUUUCACGUCUUCAAAAUGUAGACCUCAUGCCAGUCCGAGGCAGAGGUGGAUUUCUAGGGUUUAUCACCCUCGUGUCAACGCCAGGACUCUGUACAUAGAAACUUUGAAGUUGGCGACUGUGUCUGGGGGUCAACAGGUACAGCGCAGGUCCAUCACGUGACACAAUCUCGUUUCUUUUCACCUGUACGAAGUGGGUUGUGUUUGGUUUUCAGUUGUGGCUGCAAGUCCGCUGAACACACAACUGCUUUACGGCUCCUAAGUCGCUUUUCGGAACGGAGACUUCCCUAUAUAACAGAUUGCAAAUCCUCCAGUAUAUGUAGAAAGGCCGGCGAGUUAUUGAGCGAACUUAACUGAGCUGCCAAGUUUUUAGCGGGCGUUUUGUUUGCUCUAUCAAUUGAUAACGAAUGCUGUGCAAACGGUUCUGAGAGCUUAGCGUUUUCGAGCAAACCAGAGAUACACAUAAUUACAACAUGAGGGUUAAAGUAUUCGAAUCGUCUUCGACUUAGCGCCGCGUUUUACGCCGAGACCUAACUGAGAGUGUGAGGGAGAACUGAUGAUUUACUGAACAUUUCUACCAGCUACAAUCCAUAACCGAUGACCAACGUCGGCCGAAGCCGUUAAAUUGGACCAUAGAGAAACCCAGGAGUUAACGCACUUUGCGCGGUAUUCUUUAGAAUAUAAGGAAUUCAUUUUGUCCAUAGAUUGUUCAGUCUGAUGAAAGUUGUAGUGUAUCUCAAUUUUUCAUUUUGAUCUUCCCUUUACGAGAUAUCUGGGUUUCUUGGAUUUUGAAAUUUGUGGCCUUGUAACAAAAAGUUUUAAAGCUAGAAAAUAAAUGUUCUCUAUGACAUUUUUGUCUGUAUAGAUGCUGGAUUCAGCGUGUUCUGUGACAAAGUUUGCUCAAUAGACAUUUAAUACGACAGAAUUGCUCUAAUUUACGAACAUAUUCGCAACCUGCAAUUUUGAGAAUUAUUUGUUUUCAAAUGAGAAAAUUUGGAUGUUAAUUUUAAGAGGGAUGUGGAUAGUUCAUGGAAAUUCCAGAGAAAACAUUAGUUCCAUAUCAGCUUGUGUGUACGCGCCAACGCAAAGGCCUAUUGUUGUGACCUUUCUAGUUUCGACUGUUAACAGUGGAGUCUUUUUGCUCUUUGGAUAUAGGUACAGAGCCCGAAAAGUGUAGAGAAUUGAUAUAAUCUGGAUGCGCACAGACCGUAAAUUGUCCCGUGGUUGAGAUAGGCUCGGGUAUAGACGCGUGCUGUCAGCACAUCUCCGCUGGUUUACAUACGUUUCCUUUGAGAACGGACUGUUUUCCGAAGGGAGACGGGAAUACGCUCCACGAAUACGACUGGAGGUUUUGGGCCUAAUGAGGUAAUGCUGAAACGAGUUUUUCUACAAAUAAAGAGGCCAGUGAAAAUGCAAAUGCUCGUCCCUCGAGCGAUGGUUUAACUAUUUCACUUGUUUACAGAGCUGAGUGGAAGUCAAAUUUUUAAUUUUCACUCUUUGAUUGUGUAAAUAUUGAAAGCGCUGGCGGCCAUGUUGGUUCGGAUCGAUCGGACUACGGUACAAAAGAGGACAGUCCCGUGUGGACCGAGUUGAGUAAUCAGCCCCAACAAUGAACUGCGUGCAUCCUUUUUAUGGUUCAUACCUCUUGAUUCUCUUUUAAUAGUUCAGGUUUGAAUAGAGGGAUAGCCUCGAUGAGACAUAACGGAUUCCCGGACAUAGUCAGCCAACGGCCGGCAAUAAAGGAACGAGUUUCGGGCAGCCUUUUCCAUUAGUCCGUUCAUUUGCAAAUUACCCUCUGAUCGAUACUAAAAUUUGCCAAAAUGCUUCUCUCGGCUUGUUCAAGUAAGAAGCAAACAUUUAAUGUUAAAUUUUCAAAUGUAAACUGGCAUUCUUUUGUGUUCAAUUUGAUUAUCAUAUAGUCAGGCCAUUGAAAUAGUUGUGUUAUGCUCCUGCAAUGCAUCAAAGAAUUGUUUUGUUUGCAUAACGCGACACUAAAAUGUAUAGUGCUGGAAAACUUGUAUUUCCAAUGAAAUGAUAAUAUGUUUGUAAAUCUGUCUAAACUAAUAUGCUUGUGACUAAAAUUCUGGAAUAAGCCGGAAUCGUUAAACUCAUUUUGCGCCAUCUCUGUCUGAUCUUACGAAUUUAAGAUGCGAUAUAUGAAGACCUAGUCAAUAACCGAACACAUGUAAACUCGGACGGAAUAGAGGAAAUUGUAAGGCCAUGCUCGACUGUUUCAUGCAUGUUCGCAAAGAUAGCUACACUCAAAAAAUUAAUCUGUUACAUUUAACAGAAAGUCUGUUAUCUGAUUGAUGAUAGAAUGUAUUUCGUUAUUGUGGCAUAUUAUUCUGUUAAAUAUAACACACACAUUCUAUUAAUUCAACAUAACCAUUCUAUUAGAUUAACAGGAAAUUAUGUUGAAUCGUGUUAUAUAAUAACAAAAUACAUUCUAGCAACACUCAGACAAGUGACUUAUUGUUAAAUUUAACAGAUUAUUUUUUUGAGUGUAUAGAAGCGUGCAUACUUUAUUUGUCUGCAUUUUAUCAUAUUCAUCAGUGUAAAAAGCAAAUAGUCUAAUGAUAUUAUGAAAUGCUGUCAAGACGUUCAUAUGUGUGUGUGUCUCUGCGUGCAAUUAUUUAUAUUCGUUCAUAUCUGUCAGAACGAGGCUAUAGCGGUUUGUAAUUAUAUUUUGA